UCGCGCCGCUUGCAUUCAUUCCCUGUUCGGCCGCAGCACGCGAAUCUCUCUCCUUCUCUCCCUCUCUCCCUCUCCCUCUGCCUCGCUCUCUCCCCUGCUGCUCUCUUCCUGUCUCCCCGCCUUGCACGGGCGCAGCGUGAAAACGGCCCUCGCUCCACUUCUCUCGAAAUGUGCGAAACGAGAGUGAAUCCUCCGCUAGAACACUGAAAGAUAGUCCUUCGGGACAUCCGUUAAAAUUGGAACGAUACAGAGAAGAUUAGCAUGGCUACUGCGCAAGGAUGACACGCAUAAAUCGAGAACACUGAAAGAUAUACCGCCAUCAUCGGCGCCAUGAGUUUUGGCUUUUUUGUGCAUUUCGAGAGUAGUGGAGCGAAGCCCAACAUCAGUCUCUGUUUUUCACUAUUCUUUUUCCCCCGCGCUUUCCUUAUCAGCAUCAUUUUCUGUAUCUUCUUUUGUCUUUCCCGCGCGCGCUUUCUUCUCUUGUGCGGUUUCCUGUCUUCCGCUCCUCGCACGGCGCGUCGGGGAUUCUCUCUCCCCCUCUUUUGGCGCGGUGCACCUUUGAGCAAAACGGAACGGUCGAUGGUAUUUUCAUUCUUCUUUCAUCUUUCAUUCAUUGUGACGGAUCGACUGCGAUCUACAUGACUCGAUUUAACCUAUCUGCGUGCGCGUCGCACUCCCAUCCAUCCAUCCAUCCAUCCAUCCAUCCAUCCAUGAGCUGCGCGAUGGUCCACUGGCUGGCCCGACAGGAGGAGAUAUCAGCAGUUCCUUGCUUGAAUCCAGGUGUCACUUGGUAGUGGGAACCCUGCCUGGGUGAGUGUAUUGUCGUUCAGAGAGAGAGAGAGAGAGGGAGAGAGAGAGAGAGAGAGAGAGAGAGAGAGAGAGAGAGAGAGAGAGAGAGAGAGAGAGAGCUAUGGUAGUAGUGUGAAUUUUGAGAGGGACGGUAAUUGGACUGCAAAAGUGCAGGGGAGUGCGGUGCAUGGCGCCGCGCAUCAAUCGAUUGAUUGAUUGAUCGGUUAAUUGAUUGAUUGAUUGAUUGAUUGAUUGGUCGAUUGAUUGAUUGAUUGAUUGAUUGAUUGGUCGAUUAAUUGAUUGAUUGAUUCACUGAGGGCGUGCUUGAUUGGUUGGUUGAUCGGCCGGCCGCAGUCGGCAUUGCGCGGGCUGAGGGGCAAUAAUGUGCCUGGCUGGCUCUCGCUUUGUUUUGUGCUUACUCUGAAGAUAUGACGAUGAUAUGAUAUUGUCCCCAAAUAUACUGUCGUUGGCGAGGUCGUCCUUCCCCCCCUCCCGUCUGUUUGCUGGUCUCUCUCUUAUAGGUAGGCCCUCCCUUCCUCUCGCUUCCGAUUGUUGGUCUGCACCAGGUAGUCCUUACAAAAUCUGAGUUUCAGAGCUCUCAGUGCCGCGACGUUCUGGUGUGUGUGUGUAAGAGAGAGAGAGAGAGAGAGAGAGAGAGAGAGAGAGAGAGAGAGAGGUGGUGCUUGGGGUUUCGAGUGGAAGGGUACGUCUUGGUGGUGGUGUGAUUCUGACCCUGGCAGAGAGAACCAAUCACAGCAGAGCGUUUUUGAUAGUUGCAGGAGGAGGAGGAGGAGGAGAGGAACGGAACAGAAGAAGUUGAGUUGAGCUUCUGCGUGUUUUUCUGCGGCAGGGUCCCUCCCUCCUCCUUCCUACCUCGAUUCCCUUCUGGGACCUGGGGUUUUGGGUUUCUCUCUGUCUGAUUGGCCAAUUAUAGACACUAUAGCAUUAUUAUUAGCUAACACUAAUACUACUAAUUGACAUACGAGAGUAAUCGUAGCAUUCCCAAGGAUGAAGUUCGGCAAGCGUCUGCGCACACAGAUUGAGGACAUGUUGCCAGAAUGGCGAAAUCAUUUCCUCUCGUACAAACAGCUGAAGAAGAGAUUAAAGACCUUGAACGGAUCGCAGGAUGGUGGGAGUCCCCCUCGUCAACUGCCGUCAGGAGAUCUCUUCGCCACUGGGAGAAAUGGAGCCGGAGGCGGCGGCGGCUUGUUCCCUCAGGAGGGUUUAGAUGCUCCUGUACAGGGUCCGUUCACCAUUGAGGAAGAGGAAUUCGUCAAACUGCUCAAUGAAGAGCUGAAGAAGUUUAACACUUUCUUUAUGGGGAAAGAGGAGGACUUCGUUAUGAGAUAUGAUCACCUCAGGCGCAAGCUAGAGCAACUGACGGCGGCUUGUGAUGCAGACGAUGUCACUGAAUGCCAGAAGUGUGCCGAGUCGGUUAAUGAUGUGCGAAGAGAUAUUGUCACAUUUCAUGGGGAACUGGUGUUACUUGAGAAUUACAGCUCCCUUAAUUACACUGGCCUGGCAAAAAUCCUGAAGAAGCACGACAAGAGAACUGGGAUGCUUCUGCGUGUGCCUUAUCUUCAGACAGCACUUCGUCAGCCGUUCUACACGACCGAGCAACUGACAAAGUUCAUGAGAUGGUGUGAAGAGAAGCUGCAGUUUCUGCUGGGCUGUUGCCAUGCUCACGAUUUGUGCGAUCAUGCUGGUUCGUACGACGUUAAGCUUAUGGAGGACUCACCGGUGGAGGUCACAGGCACAAUGAGGGACAUAUAUAGGAGCACAGUGGCUGCGCUGAGGUCAUUGCAGGAGCUGCGGAAUUCUUCGACUCCGUCGGUGAUCCCGAUGCCUCCGAUUGUGGUGAAUCGGGCCAGAUCCGGAGGGUCUUCUUCCCCCAUACCGCCUGGGUGGAAUGUGGCGGACAGCCGAGGCAGUGGCAGUGAAGGCGCAGACGGGGCAAGUGGCGGGGCCUUGGUGAAUGGCUUUGGGAAAUCGGGACACCAUUCAACGUACUGGCUCACGGACAGCGAUGAGUUCGAUGACGACGACGAAAAUUCACCUACGGCGAGGCCCGUGGAUUGCGAACGGGACACAGUCGGGGCGGGAAGGAGGAGGUCCCCCCCCCCCAUGGGUGGACGGGGUGCAGCUCAGCGCGGUGAAGAUGUUUCGAUGGCAGUGGGGGAUAAACCUGCACUGCCCGAUGGAACAGCAAAUACAGAAGCCCAGUGCAAUGCCAAGCCUGGGGAAGGAGCUGCACCCCCUAGGACAGUUAGAGAGGGUACUGCGUGCGAAAACACUGCAGCUUACGAAGAGAGAAGCGCAACGGAACGGCAGGAUUCCCCGGACCGCGGCAGGAGCCUCGUUGAGGGAGGGGGUGACUCUAACAAAGGAGGGGUGAUUGAUCCUGAGGAGCUGCAGCUGGGAGAAAGUGACAGGACCGGUGGAGCGCGGGACCGCAACAGCGGAGUGGUAAUUGCUUCGGAACAGUGGCAGCUGGGACAGAGGGACCGGACAAGGGAAGAUGCUUGUGGCUGAUGAGAGGUGGUGCUGUUUCCGUGCAAUAGCUUUUGACUCGAGUGUGGGCUAGACGCUGUGGCUCUUAGGGCUGCUGCAAUAUGUGAGGCUGAGCACUGAGAAGUGCUGUGUACGAGUAUUGCGAAACGGAUGGACGCGCUGACGGUAUCCCUCCCUCCCUGUUGAAGCCAAACUCUUGAAGAAGACCCGUCUCCUACUCUACUCUGCUACCUUUCUGCCACUGGGCGAUUGAUUGGGUGCGUGUAUCUCAUCGUUUGUGCGUUUUGAUGCCUGAUAACCACCCUCGACGAGAUGUUAUCUAUUUCAGACACUUCCUAUAUAGUGAAGAUGCUUGUGGCUGGUGAGAGGCGGUGCUGUUUCCCUGCAAUAGCUUUUGACUUGAGUGCGGGCUAGACGCUGUGGCUCUUAGGGCUGCUGCAAUCAGUGAGGCUGAGCUCUGAGAAGUGCUGUGUAUGAGUAUGGCGAAACGGAUGGAUGCGCCGACGGUAUCUCUCCCUCCCUGUCGAAGCCAAAAUCUUGAAGAAGACCUGUCUUCUACUCUACUCUGCUACCUUUCUGCCAUUGGGCGAUUGAUUGGGUGCGUGUAUCUCAUCGUUCGUGCGUUUUGAUGCCUGAUAACCGCCCUCGACGAGGUGUUAUCUAUUUCAGACACUUCCUGUCUUAUAUGACUGUACUGGACUGGAAAAAUAGCUUGUAUACAUUCACGAUCAACCUGACCAUGGUACUGGGAACUCAGGUAUGAAUAGGUUGGCCGGCAAAGACCCUCGCAAUUUAGUGAAUUGCAAGGCGUGCCUUUCUGCUCCAGGCCGAAUGCCAUGGAGACCCUUGUAGCUGGGAAAUGGACCCCCGGUGGACCAUGCCUGUGGCAUUAAACUUUGGUCAGGAAAAGAACUGCUGAAAAGUCUGCACCAGGUGGGCUGUCUUGUCCACCUCUCCGUGUGAGGAAGGAUGAGGUUGAGCCGUUACGUAGCCUUUGGCCUUUGACGAGUGAGCCAUUCCUGUGCUCCUGUCCUUGCGAUGAAUGCUGCAACGAUGGCAGUCAGCGCACCGCCAUUAUCGUCCGUGUACAUUGGUGCUCGAGUGGCGGCUCUUGCGAACAUUGUAUUGCACUGCAUGCUCUGAUUGUCAGAAGGGUGUCCACUCCCAAUACCUGUCGGGCGGAGUUUACUUGCUCAUCAGGUGUUCAGUUGCAGUGUUUGUAUUUGGGAGGGCAAUUGGCCAUGGCAUUUCACUUUGUCUGCGAUGCGCAGUCUCAUGUCCUGGGCUUGUGUUCCCUUGGAAGAGGGUUGCGUAUGACCUGCUCACAGUCGGUGAAGGUGAAGGCCAUGGCUUGCUCUCGACUGGAUUCCCGUCGAUGCGGAGGAAGCUAGGUUGAUCGCGGCGAUGGUUGACAGCUGUGAGGGAGGGAGGGAGGGAGGGAGGGAAAAAGGCAAAAUUUUGUCAGGAAUUUCAUUCCACUUGGAAGAGGUUCAAUUGUUUCAGGUUAGGAAGUGAUUACUGGAGUUGAUUGGGAAAWGAUGUUCACGCUCURAGAGAGCGUGAUGUCAUUUGCGUAUUUGCGCAAUUGGAGGGGUGCGCRUCCUGCAUCGGGGACUCUGGGURYCAUUGUGGCGUACCCUUCAGUAGGCUGKACAGUUCGCAGGACAUGAAUCSGUGUCAGGGAGCGCGGAAGGGACAUCUGCAAUAAGGWGGUGAGGCAUAAUAGGAGGGUCAUCUGCAAUAAGGGUUGCUACUGGGGAAAAUGUUGCAACGGGGUUCCCAUUGAACAAUUAUCGCUUGGGGUUGAGUGCUGAUCGCUGGUGGCAGGGAAGAGGGGGCGGUUUGUUCCCAGCCUGUCCUGCCGGGGUGUAAAGACAAGCUUCUGAUUGAAAUGUAUUAUUGACUAUUCACGGAGAUAGGGCAUCACUCCAGUACUCAGUAUUCGACAAGAACCUGGACUGCCGCCUAGACCAGAUGCAUUUGGACUGACCAAACAUUUUGAUUGUAUCGGACAUUUAACAGGCCCAGGCUCCAGCUACUUUGUAUGCUGUGUAGUGGAGCGUGGCGCGAAGCACUUUCCGGCACCAGAGAGUUGUCUUGUCCUGGGUAGUCGUCAAGAAAGAUCCACCCAACCUGCUGUCGUCCGAGUGCAGCGGGGGCAUGACACGGAUGCUUCGGGUGGAUUUUGGGCAUCCGUUCCAAAGACUGCGGUGGAUUACGAUUGAGGUGGGGUAUGCCCUACCUUUGCCCUACCUCGAUCAGGUUCUCAGACUAUGUUCUGCUAUGUACCGUGCGAGGUCCUUCUGUCCAGACUGCAGUCUCGUCAAAGUGUGAAGGCGCGUUUGGCCCUCUGUGGCAGUUUUUCCCAAUGUGGAGUACCAAGUGGGGUGUACAGUAGAGUGUAGAUUCCACAGGCACACACACACACACACACAGGGGAAGAGAGAGAGAGAGAGAGAGAGAGAGAGAGAGAGAGAGAGAGAGAGAGAGAGAGAGGUGCCAUCAUUGAAAGCUGACCCUGCCCAACGAUUCGGCAAUCAGCAUUCGUCUUUUUGACUCUGUAAUAGUCUGUAUCCUCAGCAGUUAAAAAGGCUGAGAAUUUCCAUCUCAGAAGACCACCACUGAUUGCAUGAAGACCACCACUGAUUGCAUGAAGACCACCACUGAUUGCAUGAGGGUGAUCCUGCUGAUAUGCAUGCAUGCAUUAUGUUGGCAGAGAGACAUACAACUGGUCAUAUGCGGAGAGAGAGAGAGAGAGAGAGAGAGAGAGAGAGAGAGAGAGAGAGAGGUUAGCACAUUCUACUUUUGCUUAUCUGUUUGAUUAAGAGAAUCUCGAGGGAAUGUGUGGAAGGAGUAUGAAAACCUACUGAGAGAGAAGGGGGCGGAGGAGGGUUGAGGGCGCCUUUCGGUUGAUGCAACCGAUGACAAUCAACGUGAUGGCUGUCGCAGUGUCUUUGGAUCGCUCUUGGGAGGUAUGAUAUGAUUAUUUAGACAUGGGAAAUAGUUUUCCGGGGAGAACUUUGCGACCCUCGUUUUAAACAUCUUGUUCUCACCCGAACCAGAGUAGGGCUCCGACUGAUUUACACGGAAGAGUGAAUCGCACUCGGAAGAGUGAAGAGGAAUACGAUAAAUUGCAUGCCUAGUA